CAGAACUCCAACAUCCAGCAAGAUCCAGGCAACACCACAGAAGCUGCUAAACAGACUUGAGAGUGAAUAACUUCAUCCUGAAGAUGGCAGAAGUCUCUCUUGAUCUAGAGGGAUUCUUGGAAGUGAUUGACAACUUUGAUCGGCCUGGUGACGCCUACACUGAAGCUACCUACGCCCGAUCAGGGACGUAUGCAGAAAGAGGGGAGAACAAACCAGGGAAGCGUGUUCCCAAAGCAGGAGCUUAUGCUGAAGCAGGAGUUGGCAGAGCUGGAGCUGAAUACCGCGUCUUUGAAGCUGAAGCUAGAGGACCCAACGCCAGCGCAGGAGCCAGCGCCAGUCUACUGGGUGCCUCAGCUUCUGCCAGAGCAGAGCUGGCAGGUGCUUCUGCCGCCGCUGGUCCAGUGAAAGUUAAAGUUGGUCUGGGAGCCGAUGCCGGGGUUUCUGUUGAUGCAAAUGGACUCCUGGAUGUGAUUGACAACUUUGAUCGGCCUGGUGACGCCUACACUGAAGAUACCUACGCCCGAUCAGGGACGUAUGCAGAUGGACUGGAGAACAAAACAGGAAAGCGUGUUCCCAAAGCAGGAGCUUAUGCUGAAGCAGGAGUUGGCAGAGCUCGAGCUGAAUUCAGCGUCUUUGAAGCUGAAGCUAGAGGACCCAACGCCAGCGCAGGAGCCGGCGCCAACCCACUGGGCGCCUCAGCUUUUGCCAGAGCAGAGCUGGCAGGUGCUUCUGCCGCCGCUGGUCCAGUGAAAGUUAAAGUUGGUCUGGGAGUCGACACCGGGGUUUCUGUUGGUGCACAUGGGCUGGAAGCCAAAGUGUUGGGAACCGGCUUCACUAUUGGUGAGAGGCCGAGCGUGUCCAUUUUAGGCAAUGAGCUUCAAUGCUGCGUGUUAUAGUUCAGAGAAUGUUUUCCAUAUUUGCUCUUUUAAAAGUCCCCUUAUACAGAUUAAAAUCAAGACAAAUUCUGUCCCCAUAUUAACCAGAUUAUCUGAUUUAUGAGUGUUUAUCUACUUUAGUCACAUAAUCUGUACACAGAAGUAUUUCUCUUAAACAUGCAAAAGAAACAAAGAUCUUGAUGUAUUAUCCCAUAUUCUCUAUGGUGACUGUAAAUUAUUACAAUUAUGAAAACAUUAGUCAUUGUAUUAGGAACAAAUUUGUAUCUUUUCUGCCAACCUUCAUCUCGUCUUAAACUAUGAAUACGCAGAGGAUGACUGGGAAGGCCUUUAUUGCUUUUCAAGUUGUUUUUAUCUUGUGCAUUUAUUUUAUUUUUUAUUUUAUCGUAGAUUCCAUGGUGAAGCUGAUGGUUACAGCGAUUAAAGUGUUUUAGAAAUCCCUGAUCUUUCAUGAAACCUAAUUUUUAAAACUUAACCAUACAUUUACACAAAUAUCUCGGGCCAACU